UUGUCCAUCUCUGCACAAUCCAAAGUUUUUUUUUUUUAUCACUAAGGGGACCGUUUCUAUUUAUCACUUUAUCACUGGGAGCCCAACCAAGGCAAGAAAUUGUGAAAUGAGUCUAAACAAUUCUGACAUGAAGGGCGGCCUGCUAGAAUGAUGGAUUGCAGGGUCCCCGUGGUCAUAACCCACUCUUUGUAUUGAGACGUCUUUUCAUUGGCCACAGAACUGAUUCCUCUCAGGGGGGGGGGGGGUAUUGAUUGCCACUUUCGUCUCUUCUUUCUCAGCUGGGCAGGCGCUGAAGGGCGCUGGAUUCUUCCUGUUGCCUGGGGCUGCUGGGCGAGGAAAGGGGGCGCCCCAUGGCUCAUCGGGGCCAAGGAUGGAAGCAGCAGGGAAAACCCACUAUCUCACAUGGUUCUUUUGACCUCUCCCAGGGGUUUUUAGGCAUGUUUGCUGUUUCUUCACGCCGACAGGCCACCUGUGGUCUAUAACAAUGCUUGAGAACAGAUAGAGGAAGUGUCCCUGUGUUUCCAGCCUCUUCUGGCCUCAAACUCAGAAGGACUGGACUUUUCAUGGACAACAUCCAUGGCCAAAGGAGAACGUCCUGGUGGGCCAAAGCCUGAGCAGGGAGAGAUUUCCUAGUUGUCAGAGCAAAGACGUCUCCAAAUCUGGACCUUUCCCUUCAUGGGAUUCCCAGCACCUGACCGAACCUUCCCCUUGCCCUGUGGCUUUUAGUCCUUCAGCCCUGUUUCCCACGCAGUCAUCAAAGGUGCCGCGUGGUUGUUUCCUGGGUGAACACGUGUCCCCAGGUUUGAACUCCGGCUUUUAGUCUUUUUCUCCAAAUUGGAAAUCUGACUCUCUCCAAAGUGAGGAAGAAUGAGGAGGAAAGCGGUGGGGCCGAGAGGCGGGUGUCCUGCUCGACAAGGAAGCAGUUUGCGGUUUUGUCAUUGUUGAUCUUGGAGUCCCCACAAGAGAAGGACGAGAGCAGCCGGCACCAAUAAAAGCCAGAGAGGGUCCAGGACAGGUGGCAGUCAGAAUCCAGCUGGCACCAUGGGCAAAGCUGGCAAGCAAGCGGCUCUCUUCCUCCUCUGCCUCAUGGCCACAACCUGUCCAGGGGAGAAGGAAUCCUCCUGCCCAGAAGCCCAAACGGUGGAUUUGAAUGGAAGCAAGUUGACCAUCCUGCGGGGAUGCCCAGGAUACCCUGGCGCUCCAGGGCCCCAGGGCCCCCUGGGUGUUCCAGGGGCCAAAGGUGAGAGGGGCUUGCAGGGAAGCACUGGCGAAAUUGGAGCCCCUGGAUCAAAAGGGAAUAAAGGAGACAAAGGAGAAAUUGAUGGGGAGGGGCUGGAUGCUCUCCAGUGCAAGCGAGGUGCCCGAAACUGUAAGGAGCUCCUGGCCCAGGGGGUGGUCCUGAGCGGCUGGCACACCAUCUACCCCCAGGACUGCCGGCCCCUGCGGGUGCUGUGCGACAUGCACACCGACGGAGGCGGAUGGAUCGUCUUCCAAAGGAGGUCGGAUGGCUCCGUGGAUUUUUUUCGGGACUGGGAUGACUACAAGAAGGGAUUUGGAAGCGAGCUGAGUGAAUUCUGGCUGGGGAAUGACCACCUUCACCUCUUGACCUCCCUGGGAGAGAACGAGUUGCGUGUUGACUUGAUGGAUUUUUUAAAUAAACAUUCCUUCGCCCAAUACGGAUCCUUCCAGGUGGCAGCGGAAUCCGAUCAGUAUCGGCUGACUGUGGGCAACUUCACAGGGGGGCCAGCAGGCGACUCUCUAAAGAGGCACCACAACAUGUCCUUCUCCACCCGGGACAAGGAGCAGGACCCCCCAAAAAAGAAAUGCGCCACAAGGUUCAAAGGGGCCUGGUGGUACCACGGCUGCCAUGACUCCAACCUCAACGGGAAAUACUGGCUGGGAGAACACCAGUCCUUUGCAGACGGCAUCAACUGGAGAACAGGGAGAGGCCACAAUUACUCUUACAAGCAGGCAGAAAUGAAGUUCAGGCCUACGACUUAGGGGACUCCUUCAGCUGACGGGGGUUUCCUCUGAGGGGUGUCCAAAGGGCAUCUAGUCCAUCCCCUCUGCUUUUGAUUUGCUAACUUGCAUUUGAAUUUUACAAAAUACAAAUGAUUAAAUGAUCUUUAAGCAGCUGCUCCUUUUCCAUCUGAUUCCCUUCUUCUGUGCAAGAGCUGAGCAGCCAAAGGAUGGCAAAUGAAUA